AAAAGAGACAAUAGUUUUUAUAUCGAAAUAAUUCAGCAUCACGACGAUUCAGUUUAUCUAAAGACGUUGAGAAAUAAACAACAAUUCUCGCAGCAAUGAAAUUCCAAAUUGUGUGUCUUUUCCUUUGUGGCUUGGCUUUGCAGGCCUUUGCUGCUGCCAAAUUUGAGGUGCGCACGCCCGAGGAUGCUCUUAAAGCUCACGAAGAAUGUCGUGAAGAAUAUAACGUUCCCGAUGAAAUCUACGAACAAUACCUGCAGUAUAACUUCCCCGAUCACAAACGCACGAAAUGCUACAUCAAAUGUUGGGUCGAAAAAAUGGGCAUAUUUAGCGAAAAGAAGGGUUUCGAUGAAAAGGCCAUCUACAAGCAGUAUACCCAAAACAGGACUCAAUAUUUGAGUUCCGUUCAACAUGGCUUGGAAAAAUGUAUCGAUCACAAUGAAUGGGAAUCGGAUGUUUGCACGUUUGCUCAUCGUGUAUUCUCGUGCUGGUUGCCACUCAAUCGUCAUGUUGUUCGUGCCGUUCUGGGUACACCAAAAGAAAAUUAAGUGACCUUAACAGGGGCUGUGAAU